AUGGAGUUUUUGUGGAAGUUUGGAGAACCGAUCAUUUCUAAACUUGUGGAGAAGCUCAUGAAUUUUGCAUUGAGCAAAAAUGACAAGGAUACUUUCGACUCUUUGGUGAGUAACAUAAGAUUAUUGUGUGCUAAAGCCUCCGAUGUCGACGAGGAAAUAAAUAAAGCCGAGCUAUCGGGCAAGAAGAAACGAAAACGAGAAGUUCAUACAUGGUUAGAACAAGUACAAUCGCUUGAAAGCGAGUUCCAUAGCUUGGAAAAUCGACUACAAAGGGAAGGAUUUGUAAGAGAGUUCAUCGGUGGAGGUGAAGCCGCGAAAUUGGAAGCAAGAGUGCGCGGUUUGGUCGAGCAAAGUCGAUAUUUUGGCGAGCUUGUACUUAAUGCCUACGAUCAAAAAGGAGAGAAACUAUUGAUCGGGGAAUUGGUAGGAGAAGAAUUCGACAAGAAUUUGAAAAAUAUUUUGCAUUUCUUCUUGGUCGAAAAAGUGUCGAGCAUUGGGAUUCACGGUAUGGGGGGUGUUGGGAAAACAGCAUUGGCUAAACACGUCAAUAAUCGACUUUUAGAACGAAAUAAAGAAAGUGUUGCGUGGAUCACGGUGCCUCAAGAGUUUCGCAACGCUACGUUGCAAGACGAAGUUGCGAAAUUUGUAGGCCUCGAUCUUUCGGACGAGGAAAACGAAGAUAAGAGAGCGUCGAUAUUGCAUAGGGUGCUAUCUCGAAGAAAGAAUCUUAUUCUCAUACUCGACGACGUGUGGAAAGACAUCGAUUUGAAGAAAUUGGGAGAUCCUCUAUCGAUCGAAGGAUGUAAAUUGUUGAUAACAACUCGUCUACAAAGCGUGUGCCGUCGAAUCAACUGUAAAAAAAUCGUCACAAUGAAGACAUUAAGCGAGAACGAAGCGUGGAACUUGUUUGUCGAAACGCUCGGGCGACGAGCGAGUCUAACUCCGCGAGUACAUAAGAUCGCCGAGAAUAUGAUAAAAGUAUGCGGUGGUUUGCCGCUAGGAAUUAUUACGAUAGCGGGGAGCAUGAAGGGCGAGACUGAGUUUCACGUGUGGCGCGACGCUUGGGCCGAGUUAAGGAGAUCGAUCAUGGGGCAACAAGAGAUGGAAGAGCGCGUUUAUAAAGUUCUUAAGUAUAGUUUCGAUCGAUUAGAUCGCGAUGCGACGAAUACGAACGGGUACACGAAGCUUCAACUUUGUUUCCUCCAUUGUUCUCUGUAUCCCGAAGAUGCUAAGAUAGAUCGUAAAGAAUUGAUCAAAAAGUUCAUCGUCGAGGGGUAUCUAGGCGAAGAAGAAAGUAGAAAAGAAUUGUACAUCCAAGGCCACGCCGUACUCGAUAGAUUGGCGAGCGCGUGCUUGUUAGAAAAACUCGACCACAACAAAGUAACGAUGCACGAUAUGGUGAGAGCGAUGGCGCUAAAAAUUACUCAAGGCCGGACUAAAGUGAUAGUCGGGCACUAUUCAUUGAAAGAGAUACCGCGCGAAAAAGAAUGGAGUAAAGAUCUCGAGAGGAUCUCCUUAAUGAACAACGGGAUAACGACAAUUCAAGACGGGAGAUCUCCAAAUUGUCCUACGUUGUCGACAUUAAUCUUGGAGAAUAAUCCUCUCGAGUUUAUUCCCGAUUCAUUUUUCGCGAACAUGCCUACCUUAACCAUUCUCGACUUGUCUAAAACUCGGAUUCGAAAGCUACCAAACUCUCUAUCCGAAACGAAGGCCCUUCGCGCGUUGCUACUUACAAAAUGUUACAAUCUCGAAUUUGUACCGUACUUGGGAAAACUCAAAGAACUCCGAGAGUUGGAUCUUACGAGAACCGCGAUACAUGAAGUGCCGCGAGGAAUGGAAGAACUCGUCAAUCUCACGUACUUGUCGCUAAAUGUGACUCGUAACUUGAGAACUUUCCCGAAAGGUUUUUUCUUAAACUUUCCGCGCCUCCAAUGCCUAUACCUCCCGUACCAUGUCGAAGCACCGGUCGAUGAGAUCGAGGAGCUAAAUCAUUUAGACGAGUUUCACGGGCGAGUGAAGGAUACAAACGACUGCAACCGACUGAAAAGGAAUAAGCCGAGUUUGGAUCAUUGCAUCAAGGUCGGAUUAGACAAACGGUACCUUUACCGCGAGUUCAUAGGCUACAAUCAACUCGAGUUCUUGGAAUACGACUUCAACAAAAGGCGAGAAGAUGACGACACGACGGUAUUAGCCCAAGGGAUCCGACAUCUAAAUUUGCAACGAUGCACGGGGCUAAGCGCGUGUUUAGUAGAAAUUCUUCCGCGAUUGAACAACCCGACUUCUAUGGAAAGUUUGAGCAUUCGACAUUGCCACGAAGUCGAGAGGCUUAUGAACUUAUCGUUGAAUCACGGCGCGCCGCGACGCUCGUCAUCAUUAUCAUCGCCGCCGUUAUCUUCGUUCUCGUCGCUUAGUGUCCUAAACAUUUCCUUUUGCAAGAACAUGAAGAAGCUCGGGUUGCAAGCGCGACAACUCCCGAACAUGAAGGAGAUCAAGGUCGAAUUUUGCGAGGCGACCGAGGAGGUAAUCGAAUCGGGAGAAUCGCGCGUCGUCGCGCUCCCGAAACUCGAGUGUCUACAUCUCGUGGGGUUACCGAAACUUAAGACCGUUUGCGACGCGGCGAUGAUUUGCGGAUCGAUUCAAAGAGUUACAUUGAAAAAGUGCCGUGCUUUGGCGAAGCUUCCUUUGGUCUUCGGACAACCACCGGAUUUCGACUCCCGGCCGGCAUCGCUUCGGGAGAUUCGACUCCGGUGGGACGAGAAAGAAUGGUGGGAGGAGAUGGAGUUAGGACACCCCUCCCACCAUUCUCUCUUACAACAGUUUGUUCGAUUUGAAGUUGAGACAGAAAGCAACAAUGGACAACCAUAA